ACCGGAACGGACGGUUGGUGUCCGCCCCAGCCCGUGAUCCGACGGCCAGCACGGCCUCCUCCACCCUUAAAGCCCAAGCAUCCUCCUCCUCCUCCUCCUCCUCCUCCUCCGGCGGCAGUUACCCCUCUGCUCUCUCGUCGUGCUCUGCCUGCGGGCUGCCGUGCCGUGCCGCCCCGCCCGCCACCCUCGCCCGCCGUCGGGUCGCCUUCCCACGCCGCCGCCCGCCUGCGCCCACCACCUGAGGCCGGCCGGUCGGUCGCCCAUCCAUAACGCCCACCCCCGCAGUCCAGUCCAGUCCAGUCCCCACCUCUUCUCUUCACACACUCGCACGCCUCCUCACCCGCCACGCCGCCACAGCGCGCGCAGAUCGGAGGAAGAGGAAUGGUGAGCGCGUCGAGCCUGCUGCUCCCGUCCUCGGUGCGGGACCUGGCGUCCUGCGUCUCCGACGGCGCCGUCCGCGUCGCCUGCACCACCCCGGCGUCCACGCUCACCGUCUCCUCCACCACCACCUCCUCCUCGCCGCCAGCGCCGCCGUCCACGCUCUCCGUCGCCGUCACCUACCGGACCACCCCGCAGGCGCCGUCGUCGCCGCCGCUGCUCCUGCGGCUCACCUGGUCGUCGCGCUCCUCGCACGGGGCCCCUCCGACGCUCUCCUUCGCGGGCCCCACCGCGUCGUCCCCCGCCGUCCAACUCCGCCGCCGCAAGGGCACCUGCUGCCUCCCCUCUUCCUCCUCCUCCUCCACUCACAGCCCCCCGCUCGCGCUCUUCUGGGACCUCACCGCCGCCAGGUACGACGGCGCGGCCUCGUCCCCGGAGCCGGUCUCCGGGUUCUACGUCGUCGCCGUGGCCGGCGCCGAGGUGGUGCUGGCCGUGGGCGACCUGGCGGCGGAGUUCGUCAAGGCCAAGUUCGAGGGCCAGAUCCCCCGGGCGCGCUCCAUUCUCCCGGUCUCCCGGACCGACCGCGUCGUCGUGGCGGCGGCGGCGCCGGGGCAGACGCCGGGGGCCGCGGUGCACACCGCGCGGGUCCGGUUCGCCGAGGGCGCGCCGGAGCACGAGGUCGCCGUGGGCUGCUGCCGCGCCGCCUCCGGCAGGCCCGGGGAGGAGGAGCUCUGGGUCAGCGUCGACGGCAAGCGCGCCGUGCACGCGCGCCGCCUGCGCUGGAACUUCCGGGGCAACCAGACCGUGUUCGUCGACGGCGCGCCCGUCGACGUGCUCUGGGACCUCCACGGCUGGUGGUUCCAGGACCCACCUGGCUGCGCCGUCGUCAUGCUCCGCGCCAGGAGCGCGCUCGAGAGCAGGCUCUGGCUCGAGGAGGAGGCCAAGGCGCCUGGAUUCGCGCUCCUCGUGCAGGCCUUCAAGACGCCACCUUGAUCUUCAUCUCGGUGAUGCCAUGGCUAGUUCGUCGUGAAUCCUGAAUUGCUGAUGAUUGAUGAGGUCAACCAAAUGCUCUGUUGCUCACUGCCUGCUGGUUCAUAUUUCCUCUGCAUUUUGACUUGGGAAUUUGGUGGGUGGUAUUUAGCAAACCAAACCAAAUCCAACCAGGAAAAUGCAUGGUUGCGUUGACAAUUUAGAAGUUUGUAGAUUCCGGUGUGUCGAAUGAGUUUGGGAAGACACCAUGAAUUUCGUGUGGUAUGGUAUACAAAGAGAAGAGAUUGAUUUGUGCUGUUGGGUCAUCUUCUUUCUUUCUUUCUUUUAAUAAUUUGCUUCUUCUUAUUUUCCGAAUAAUCUUAGCUCUGUGUGCUGGUACAGUUAACAAAGGAUUAUACAGUAUAAUCAUCAUAGAGUGUGUCUUCAUUCAGAAUUGCUGUGAUUAGCCAUGAAAUGAAAUCAUGCUGUGCAGGUUGCUUCCUGCUUGGAGUACACUUCGAAUUUUGAAAGAAUUGAUCCUCCA